CUCGCCCUAAAGAUGGCAGCCUCCAUGGUGAGGCAGGUGUCGCAAGAAUUUAAUCGAAGUCUUUUCUCUUCUGCGUUAGGUUUGCCAGCAGUGACAUCAGUAAGAUACAGAUCAAAAAAGAAAGGAGGAAGGUCUAAAAACCUGGGAGGCAAAAGGGCCACAGUUGGAAAAUCUUAUGGCAUAAAAAGAAAUGAUGGCAACUUUGUUCACAAAGGAGAGAUAUUAGUCAAUCAGUGUGGGCUGAGGUUCUACCCAGGAGAAAAUGUGGACAUAGACAGGACGAAUCGGCUGAUUGCACUCACAGACGGGACAGUGAUUGUUUCAUGUGAAAAACUCAAUCCAUACCCAAACAGCCCUCUCUAUAGACCAGUUCAGAAUGGACUUGAAAUUUACAAAAAAUUCUUUCAUGUUAUCCCAAUACCUCUAAAAGCUAAAUUUAAACUUGUAUCGGAGACAUAACCAUUUCAUUUCUGUUAGAUUUACUGUGCACAUAUGAAAAUGCUUUAUGAGAAAAUAUUGUUUUUAUAAAUUAAGAAAUUAUAGAUUUUAAAA